UGCAGGGCGCCCGCUCGCAGCAUAGCAAGCCAGCGCAUGCCUCACUCCGCCGUGAGAGGCUGCGUGCUGCCUGCUGCUGCGAGGCCCUGCCGAGAGCGCCGCGGCCGGCGUGCGCCGGAUGUGCCGCCGAGAGGGCAGCAAUGCGCGGCCGGACUGGCACGCCGCGCCGCGCAGCCGCGUUUCAGACGGCAGCGAAGGCAGCAUCGCCAUCCGCUCCGCCGCUGUCGCAGCUCUCUCGCUCUCUGAGCGCUGCUCAGGUGCAGCUCUCCUCUGCAGCGCAGCGUCGCAGCUGGCGCGCUCUUUUCCGUCUUGAUGCACACUGCACGCGGCCCUCGUGGUGCCUGCGGCGGCCACGCUCCUCGCUCCUCCGCCCGCGCCGUCUCUUCCCGCGGGCCAUGCCGCCGUGCAUGCUUCCCUCGCCCUCGUUGCCCCGCAUGCUGGGCACUGCCGCUAGCGCGAUGGCGCCCUCGCGGGGGGGACCUCGCACCUCGCUCGCAGCGCUCCUCUCCUCGCCCUUUCGUUGGCCUUGCCUCCGGUUCUGGACCUUGGCUGGACUCACGCCUCGCGCUAGACGCCUUCUGCGCUCUGGCAGCGCGUCGAGCACCGCCCAUCCGCGCGCUCUCGCUUGGUCCGGCGGCUCCUCGCUGAUCCUGGUUGCUCCGCGCCGCCCUUGGCCCUUGUCUGCGAGGCACCCUCAAUCGGCAUUGUCUCGAUGCUUGCGCUCUCUUUGUCCUCGUCCUUGUCCGGCCCCAUGGCCGAGCGCGAUGCUCCCGUGGCUCCUUCAGCAAGGGGGUCGGCCAAGCGCGUCUAGCGAGCGCCACGCGCGACUCCGCUCACGCAUGAACGUCGGCCGUGCCGCCGGCGCCCGCUGCCUUGGCACCACACUCAGCAGCAACCACUCCGCAAAGAAAGCGUGGGCCGGGCCCUGCUGCGGCUGUACGCUGCAGCAGCUUAAUCCGCAUCGAAGGCGGCCGCAGGAUGCAUGCUGCACUCUGCACUGCACCUGCCUCGGCGCACACUGCACGUUUCCCUCCGCUGCGAGCUUCGGUGUGCUGGCCGUCGCUCGGAGGAGACACCCGCGGCCAGCUCGCAGCGCAAGCGAGGUGAGAUGACACUCGGCAUACUCGGCCAUGACAGGCCCUGCUCCCCUGCGAACCCCCGAGGACGCUUGUGUUGGCGCCGAGCUGGCCGGCGGCUCAUCGUUCUUC